AUGGGUAGUUGGGUUGGCUCAACAUGGAAAUGGGACCUCAAAUGGCGUAGAAUUUGGUUUGAAUGGGAACUACCCCAGUUUAGAGAUCAUGAACAUCUUCUCUCAAGAGUAAGUCUACAACAAGGAAGACAAGACACUAGUUAUUGGAUUCCAGGUUUGUCUGGGACCUUCUCAGUCAGGUCAGCAUACAAAGAGCUACAAACAUUAAGGGUAGAUUGCUCACAGAUUGAAAAGUUUAGUCAAAUCUGGGAUUUGCCUAUCCCUCCUAAGGCUGCCAUUUUUCUAUGGAGACUUUUUCAUAAUGCAUUACCUACUGCUAGUAACCUCUUGAGGAGGAACAUAGCACUGGAAGACAUUUCUUGCCCUUUCUGUCAUGCUCAACCUGAGACAAUCUCUCAUAUCCUCUUAACUUGCAAUGUAACACAUGCUGUAUGGAAUGAGUGUUUUCUUUGGUUGAAUACAACAACAGUUCUCCCAGAAGAUCCUGUAAUGCAUCUCAACUUUAUCCCAGCUGUUCUUGACUCAAAAGAAAAAACACAAAAAUGGAGGGUCAUAUGGUGUGCUAUUGCUUGGAAUAUUUGGAAUCAGAGAAAUGCAUGUGUAUUCAGGCACGAUCAGUUUGUUCAGCAAAAAUUAAUGAAGGAAAUCAUCCUCACAGCUUGGAAGUGGCUAAGGGUAAAACAAAACAAGUUCCAUAUCCCUUUCUACUUAUGGUCAAUCAACCCUGGCCUGUGCAUUUAA